UUCUCGCUUUGCAGAUUUAGAUAAUGGCGUUCCAGCUGGACGAUCUGUUAAAGGAUGACAAGAAGGACGCAAAUCUCAUACCCGAUUUGAGCAAGGCAACCUGCAACUCUCACGAAGAGUUUCGACGACUCAAAGAGAAUUGUCCAGAAUUUAAGAUCAAACCUGAAAAAGUAAAGAGAGAAGACACAAAAGUUCGCGACAAGGAAUUUUCUUGGAAAGCGACCAAGAAAGAGCUCAAACUAAUCGGCAGGGAAUGGGCCUACGGAGAUCCAGUUCCACCAGAUAUGAGAGGAUUGAAUCUGCAGGAGCUGCAACAAGUGGCUAUCGAUUGGCGAAUGUUGACUCCGAUCAGACCGAAGCUUCGUCAAGACGAAGAGAUGUUUUCGAGAUUGGUGGAGAUGGGCAAAUUAGAAAUAAAGACUAUACUGAAGGAACAACGUUCGCCAAUGAGUCCUAUUAGACGAAGCAAGAAUCGCGCUGGUAUAAUCGAGACCAGUGUGAAGACAUGUAGAGAGUGCGGCGAAGAGUACUGCUUUGGCGAAUUUUGCGGUGACGUUCUCUACGAUUCCUUCGAGAGGGUAACAAUUGUCAUCCAGCCGCCGAAGAUCAAGAUAUCCGCCGACGCCGAGGCCAUAAUCGCCAAAAUGGACCGUAAAAAGAAGAAAAAGAAGACGACCGGGAAGAAAAGAGUCAAGAGCAAAAGUAGAGCGUCCAGGAAGUCGGCCAGGCUAUUGGUCAAUAGCAAAGCGAGGAGAUCGAUAACUGAUCUUGAAACGAAAAACAUUAAAGCGAAGAAUGAGGGUGACAACAAAACUGAGAAACCGGCGAAACAAUUCAAGAGAAAAUGUAGUAAAUACACGAAGAAAGGCCUUUUACACAAAUAAUAGUAAUUAGGCAAUUGAUAAUAAAAAAUUAUAGGCCAAGCCUAUAAAAAUUGCAUGCUCUAAAAUUGUAAUGUGCUAUAUUGCAUGUAUUUGUAUAAUACGUAAUUCUUAUUGGAGCUUCAACGAAAUACGAAAGUAUAAGUAUAAGAAUAACGAAAGUAUGAGUAAUUUAAUAAUAUUCUAAAUAAUAUUCUGAACAAGAAAAUAUUAAUUAUUAGGAUGACAAUCAAAUUGAUGCGACAUGUAAAUCUUUGGUGAUCUACCUUUUUGAGAGCACUCGGUUAAGAUAUUAUAAAUUAAAUAAGAAUAUAACAAUAUAAUUUUCGUCAACUCGUAAGAAAUAAUGAGGAAAACGUAACAACGAAGAUAUAAUCGCUUGAGAAAUAAAAGGAUGGAACGAAUUUGAAAUUCUUCGCACUUUAUUAUCUAUAUAUAUUUAAUGGUCCCUCGAUACGACAAGCGUUAAAUUCUGCAGCAUUAACGCAGUAUAAAGAAAAUACAUCUCGUCGAACAAAAUAUACUAAGAGAAUGUAUUAUAUAUGUACAAAUCGGACAGGCGCAGUGAAUGCUCCCAAUUAAAUGCUGGAAAAAUAUAACUUUUAUUCAGUUUA